AUGCCCCCCUCAGAUUCAGACGUUUCCUCCUUAUCAUCUGCGCCGCCGACAGAUGAUGAAGCCGCCAUGGCUAUCGAUGAGCCAGUUGGCAUCACAAAGUACUUCAAGAAGGAGUCGGAAACACCUCCGCCGAAACGGGAGCCGUCACCACCGCAUGAAUACGUAUUCGCCGACAACCCGGAUAUUGCUUUCAUCGUCACGUUCCGCGCGCGCUUUCAUGAAGUGUUCCCACGAGGAUUGCAACACUACGGUCCACAGGACAUUGAGAAUGGAGUCCAGGAGUCUCCCCCUGGAGAAUAUAUCGAGAGACUUCUUUGCGCAUUGCUUGGACUCGUUUUGAACCGCAAGAAGGAUGUUGAACGUGCGCACUUCACACGACCUCUAGAAGAAGCAAUCCAUACCCACCAGUCGCAGUGGCCAAAGGCAUGGGGAGGCAAGAAUCCCCUUCAUGGGGGGCGCAGCUUUGCGACCAUGACCCCCGAGGAACGCAUUCAAUUGUUGAAGGCUCUCAUACUUUGGUCGCUCGGAUCAUCUGAAGCGGUCCAGGCAAAGAUUAAAGAAUCAUACAAGCAAUCACGACAUGAUGAUGACCUUAAUCAGCCACUUUCUGUUCAGUCCUGGGGCCGAGAUAGCUUGAAACGUCGCUAUUGGCUCAUCGAGGGACAAGAGGACACCCAUUUCCGGCUUUAUCGUGAGAGCAAUCCGGCUCUCAAACAUAAUACUUGGUGGAGUAUCGCAGGAGAUAUUCCUGAGCUGGAGUCUGUUGCUGCAAAACUUGAGGGAGAGAAAGGCACCAAUUCGAAAAAGCUGAGCGAGAAAAUUCGCGCAUCCAUUCCUCGAUUUGAGGCAUCCGAAGAGAAACGGAAACGUCGUGACUAUCGUUUAGCAAGAAAAGCUGCGUUCGUUCGCCCAGACCCAGGCUUCUCCAUGUAUGAAGGUCGUACACGUGGAAAGAAGCUGAAAUACACAUACGAUGAUGAGGACAUGUUCUCCGAGGAUGAAACUUCUGUGCGUCGCUCCACUCGUGGUGGAGGCAACGCUGCGGCUCCUACAGAGUCAUCUCGGCCUCGUUUUACGGCAAGUGGACGGCAGAUUCGAUCUCGCGCAGGAGGUGUCUACGGAGAGACAUUGCUGGCUGGACAAUUGGAUGGUGGCGAUGACGAGGAAUAUGAUGAGGAAGAAGUCAGCAGACCGCAGAGGACUCGUACAUCCAGAAAUCCUAAUGGAUACUCUGGAUAUGACGUCGAAGAUCUAGAAGAUGCAUCCAUUCAUUCAAGCGCAAAUGAAAGUGGUAACGAAUGGCGAGGCCCUGAAGAUGACGAAGAACAUGACUUGGAAGGCGACAAUGAGGAAGAUGAGGAAGAAGCCAGCGAGGAGGACUCCGAAGUCAGUGAGGAGCCGGAAAGUCUGGUUGUACAACUUCGAUAUGGCAGAGGGGAUGCGCCUAGCAACGGCAGGAUUGAAAAACAGAAUGAUGAGCCGCCCCCUGCAAAAGAUAUCCUAAUGGAGGAUGCCACAGAGACAGCAGCACCUUCAUCCAACCAAGCAUCGACAAUGCCCCCUCCAACCAACCCAAGUGAGGAUCGCGCGCCGGAGGGUGCGUCUUCCCUUCCCACAGUUCCGAUACCUCAAAUUCCAACACAGCCCGCGCCGGUCAUGGCUUCAUCGCCUGUCUUCAAACCCCAAGAAGCCAUGCCACAGGGACCUAUGGUCACGGUCUCUCCAAUCCCAGCUGCACCGAAAAUUGCUCAUCCCGAGGUAACGAAAGCAACCCAGCCUACAGAGCCUAACGGGGUGAACCAGCCUUGA